UCUCCCGUGCGCGCGCUCUCUCUUCAUCAGCUGCUGACAGUAGUGUCUCUGUUCAGGCGCCGGUAUAAAAGCUCUGUUUUUUCGGGGAUCAUGUCUGUGUCACCGGACAAACGGCGGAAGAUGGAGUCUGCGCUGGAGCAGAUCAAGAAGUACACGGUGGUCGUCGCGGACACGGGCGACUUCAACGCUAUUGAAGAGUACAAGCCGCAGGAUGCCACGACCAAUCCGUCUCUCAUUCUGGCUGCAGCUAAAAUGUCCACUUACCAGCACCUCGUGGACCAGGCCAUAAAAUACGGCAUGGCUAACGGCGGGAGUGAGGAGGAGCAGGUGACCAAUGCCAUGGACAAGCUGUUUGUGAGCUUUGGUCUGGAAAUCUUAAAGAAGGUUCCUGGCCGCGUCUCCACUGAAGUCGAUGCCAGGCUGUCGUUUGAUAAAGAGGCAAUGGUGUCUCGCGCCCGGAGGCUCAUCUCUCUGUAUGAAGAGGCGGGAGUCAGUAAAGACCGCAUUCUCAUCAAACUCUCCUCCACGUGGGAGGGCAUUCAGGCCGGACAGGAGUUGGAGGAGAAACACGGGAUCCAUUGCAACAUGACUCUGCUGUUUUCAUUCGCCCAGGCGGUCGCAUGUGCUGAGGCCCGCGUCACCCUCAUCUCCCCAUUUGUGGGCCGAAUCCUGGACUGGUACAAGGAAAACACAGACCGCAAAAACUACGAGCCCCAUGAAGACCCAGGUGUGCAGAGUGUGACCAAGAUCUACAACUACUAUAAGAAGUUCAACUACAGCACGGUGGUGAUGGGCGCCUCCUUCAGGAACACUGGGGAAGUGAAAGCGCUGGCCGGCUGUGAUCUGCUCACCAUCUCUCCUGGGCUGCUGGGCGAGCUCAGCCAGGACCACAGCGCAGUCACGUGUUCCCUCACGCCACAGGGAGCGAAGGAGUGCGAUCUGGAGCAGAUACACCUGGAUGAGAAGAGCUUCCGCUGGCUGCACAAUGAGGACCGCAUGGCUGUGGAGAAACUCUCUGACGGGAUCCGCAAAUUUGCUGCCGACGCCAUUAAACUUGAGGCCAUGAUCAAGGAGAAGAUGUUUAAUGUGAAGAACGGACAGUAGUGAAGCAGAGAGAUGCUUUAGAGGACCAAACUCUUCACUCCCGCUCUGACCUCUGAUUGGCUGGUUUAGCUGCACUCUUGGUUGUGACUGACGGUCAGCCUGCAGUCUUAAAAAAAGUCUCUUUUAUAAGCCAUGCACAUUUUAAUAGAAAACUGAUCCUAAUGGAGUGCUCAGAUUAAACCCUAAACCCAGACUAACUCCCAGCAAACCAGCAGAUUUUGUGCUUUUACUGUAGGACCAAUGGCUUUGAAGUGUACUGUAGCUUCAAUAGUUUGUAAUCCACUAGCUCUAUUCAUUUCUACAAAAUUCACAUGGGAAAGUGCAUCAGUAUUUUCUAUUCAGCGACCCAUGUUCUGAUGAUGAGAAAUGUUGAUCUUGUAUCUGUCAUUAAAACCUCUUUCCUCACCA